CCUGGCCGGCUCUGGUGGCUCCGGGUGAUGGCCCAGCCCAGGGGUGAGUCGGGUCUCUAAUUAGACCCGACCACGUCCCCAUUCCAGAGCUCCCACAGAUGACAGCGCGCGGUCUCCACUGUGGCCAGGGGCUCCGAAAUAGCCCUCGCUCCCCGGCAGAGCCUCUCAGGCCACGGUGCUUGGCGCAGGACAAACGUUCAGCUGGGUGUGCACCGCUAGGGAAGAGCCUGGGAUUGGGGGGUGGGGGCAGCAGGCAGCCUCCGGCAGCGCCGGCCCCAGCGGCCACUUUGCGCCUGGCCUCUGGAGUUCCAGCUGCUGUGAGCUGCCACCCAUCGCUGGCCUCUGCACACACCCGCUUUCUGCCUUGUAAGCUCAGAGGUCCCGACCGCUGUGGGCAGGCAUUGCUGCAGAUUGGGAUGAACAUGAUGGCACUCCCUGGAGGUCACCACCUGGAUUCCGUUCCUGUGCAAGGGCAGAGGCUACACUUCAUGCAGGUGGACUCGGUCCAGCGCUGGAUGGAGGAUCUGAAGCUCAUGACCGAGUGUGAGUGCAUGUGCGUCUUGCAGGCAAAGCCCAUCAGCUUGGAGGAAGACACACAAGGUGACCUUAUCCUAGCAGGUGGUCCUGGCCCAGGAGAUCCACUACAGCUGCUCCUGAAACGGGGCUGGGUCAUCAGCACAGAGCUUCGCAGGAUCGGGCAGAAGCUGGCCCAGGACCGCUGGGCACGUGUGCACAGCAUGAGUGUGCGUCUGACAUGCCAUGCACGCUCCAUGGUCAGCGAAUACAGCACCAUCAGCAGGACCUCCUCCCAGGAAAUGGGCCAGGCAGAGAAGCUGCUCAUGGAUAAAUGUUCUGAGCUCUCGGCAGUCACAGAGAGGUGCCUCCAGGUGGAAAAUGAGCAUGUUCUGAAGUCAAUGAAGGCCUGCGUGAGUGAGACCCUGAGCAUGCUGGGCCAGCACUUUGGCCAGCUACUGGAGCUGGCUCUGACCCGGGAAGUGCAGGCACUUGUGAGAAAAAUCAAUACCUCAGACAAUAUCUACAUCAUGGAGUCUACCACAGGGAACUUGUUCAGCCUGACCCAGGAGGGGGCUCCUUUGUGCCGCAUCAUAGCCAAGGAAGGUGGGGUUGUAGCCCUCUUCAAGGUCUGCCGACAGGACAGCUUCCGGUGCGUGUACCAGGCGCUCCGCACACUGGCCUCUAUCUGCUGUGUAGAAGAGGGUGUCCAUCAGCUUGAGAAGGUGGAUGGUAUCCUGUGCUUGGCCGACAUCUUGACUGAUGACAGCCACUCAGAGGCCACUCGAGCUGAGGCUGCAGCUGUGGUGGCCCAAGUUACCUCCCCACAUCUGUCCUUCACCCAGCACCUCACUAGCUUCCUGGAAAACAUGGAGGAGAUUGUGACGGCCCUCAUCAAACUGUGCCAAGAGGCCUCAUCGGGGGAAGUCUUCUUGUUGGCCUCUGCGGCCCUUGCCAACAUCACCUUCUUUGACAAAAUGGCCUGUGAGAUGCUUCUACAGUUGAAUGCCAUCCGUGUCCUCCUGGAAGCCUGCAGUGAUAAACAGAGAGUGGACACACCUUAUACUCGGGACCAGAUUGUGACCAUCUUGGCAAACAUGUCUGUGCUGGAGCAGUGUGCCUCCGACAUCAUUCAGGAGAAUGGUGUCCAGCUCAUCAUGGGCAUGCUGUCUGAGAAGCCAAGGUCUGGGACUGCUGCUGAAGUGGCAGCCUGUGAAAGGGUACAGCAGAAGGCUGCAGUGACGCUGGCCCGCCUCUGCCGAGACCCGGAUGUAGCCCAGGAGGCCGUGCGGCUCAGCUGUAUGUCUCGCCUCAUUGAGCUCUGCAGAUCCCCAUCUGAGAGGAACAGCAGUGAUGCUGUACUCGUGGCGUGCCUGGCUGCCCUGCGUCGGUUGGCCGGGGUCUGCCCAGAAGGCCUCCAGGACUCUGACUUCCAGCAGCUGGUCCAGCCUCGGCUUGUGGAUUCCUUCUUGCUGUGUAGCAACAUGGAGGAGAGUUUUGUGUAGUGUGUGGGAGAGGAGGCACACUAUGCACACUUCUCAGAACACGCCAGCUGUCCCCACCUCCUUAUUUAUAUGUAAUUUAUUUUUUUACAUGAAAUAGAAAGGGAAAAUGGAUGGUUCUCAGGAAUCGUUUUGCUUUUUUUUUCCUUUUGGCUUCUGUGGCUGUGCAGAUGUUAACGCUAACAUAACAGGAUGUCACAGGUGAUUUCCCACCAUAAUGCUUUUCCUCUUUUCAGCAUAUACUCUUGCCUAUUUAAAAAGGAAAAAAAAAUAACUUUGAACCAGGGUAUUUUAACUGCCCAGCAUUUUUUAAAAAUUAGUUUUACUCUUUUCAGAAAUUUAAAGUGAAUUUCACAGUUGGACAGAUGUACUGUAAGGAAAUGUUUUUCUUUAAUAAAUGGAAUU